AACUCUAAAAAAAAAAAAAUAACCUAAAAAUAAUAUUACAAACAGAACACUAACGAGAUAUAAAUCUAAUAAAUAAUGAAAUUGCUAUCUGAUAAUUAAUUAAAUAAUAUUAAACAAACAGUUUUUUUAAAUAUUGAAUUAUGUCCGGACCCUUAUUCCGAUCAAUAUUCAGUGCUGUAGCUAUUUCUAAAACAACUUAUACGGCUGCACGAUCUGUAAAUACAUCAUCUAUAUACUAUGCAGCACGAAAGGGAACUAGGGCAAAGGCUAGAGCAAAGAAGGUUAAAGUUGAAAUCACCAAAGUUGGUUUUAUCCCACAUAAUCAAAGAGGCAAAGACAAGGUAGCAAAAUCUAACAUUGAUAAGCACCGGGAUGAUUCCUUCAAGCAGAUAUCAAGUGACAAUGUGUAUCCAAUGCGUUAUUACCGCUGGCCAGUGUACACUGCUGAAGAAGCUGUUAUAGCACACAAGGAAACUCAUCACCCUACUAUGUAUAACUGUCCCGAUUCACUGGUCUUUGCCAAAGUUGAGUUGAAUAUGGAGGGAGUCAAAAAAACUCGAUAUGUGGAUAAUUUUACAAGACUCACACUGUUACCACACAAUUUCCCUCGAGAUGAAGAGAGAUCUAUUCUUGCAUUUUGUAAGGGUCCAGAACUGCAUCAACAGUUGUUAAAAGCAGGAGCUACGACUGCCGGUGGCACUGAACUAAUUAAGAAAAUUCAGGAAGGUAGUAUCAAACUAAGUGACUAUGACUAUGUGAUAGCUCAUCCGAACAUUAUCACAGACCUUGUACCAAUAAGAGGACUAAUGAAACGUCGGUUCCCUAAUGUUAAAAAUGGUACCCUAGACCCCAAUAUCCUGGACUUGGUUAAGAAGUUUUCAGCCGGGAUACAGUAUAAAGUAAUGAAGGAUGAGAAUCAGCAGAACUAUGCAUGUGUUGAAGUACCAAUCGGAAGAUUGAACAUGGAUAUAAAAUUCGUUGUGGAAAAUAUAGACACAUUACUGAAAGAUAUUCAAAGUAUGCGGCCCAAACGCGAUGGUCGCUUUAUUACAAGGUGCCUUAUAACCAGUCCUCCAUCAACAGAAAACUUGAAAAUCGAUCCAUUUGUCCAUGUAGAGGAAUCACUGUCUAAAGAAGUACAAGAGGAGAGUGAUGAUGAAGAUGAUGAUGUUGCCGCUACUGCCUAAAUAAAAUAAAGAUGAUGGACUUUAUAUAGAUUAAGUAGAAAUAAUAAUAUAACAAUAGAUAA